UAAUGUCCUUUGUAUUCCUAGUAUAAGUCAACAAAACACAGCAGGACCCAUAUCACAUGACUGACAGAUAAGGAAGCAGCCGAGACAGCACUGAGUAGAACAGCUCUUUCCAAGAGAACACACUGGCAACUCAGAGGAAACCUUUAGGUCUGGGGAGAGGUGAUGGCUAGUAAUAUUAGGCUGCCCAUUUUGGAGAACCAGUUGACAUGCCCCAUUUGCCUAGAAGUGUUCAAGGAACCUUUGAUGUUACAGUGUGGACAUUCCUACUGCAAGGAGUGUUUGUGGGGUCUGAUGACCGAAUCCAGCAUUCAGCUGUUAUGCCCUGUGUGCCGACAGGUGGUGGACUGUAGUUCCUCUCCACCCAAUGUGACUGUUAAACAUCUCAUUGAGACUCUGCAGAAGCUAAAUGAGGAACAAACUACAGCAGAAUCCUGCCCAAGUCACCAUAAUCCAUUGAGUUUGUAUUGUGAGCAAGACCAGAAGAUCAUAUGUGGCCUCUGUGGUACUAUUGGUGAACAUCGCCAGCACCAAAUCACACCGCUCACCAGUGUAUACAGCAGAAUGAAGGAGGAGGUGUCUGCCUUGAUUACUGAGGUACAAAGAGUGAGGAAAAGCUUGGAGGAAAAUAUCUGCAAACUCAUUAACAACAAGACUCGCAUUACAAACGAGUCAGAUGUGUUCCAACGUCUGAUCCGUAAAGAGUUCCGGGAGCUACAGAGAUACAUUGCAGAAGAAGAGGCUCAUUUCCUACAGUCAGUAGCCAAGAAGGCUGCAGAUAUCAUCAGCUCCAUUGAAGCACAGCUUCAAAACAAAAAUGAGAUCCUAAACAAGGUGCAAGCGAGGGAGAGGGAGCUGAAAAAUCUUGGAAAUGAGAAUCACCUGCUGUUCAUUCGGAACUAUUCCGUGGUGACUUCCAGUUCCCAGGUCCCUUCUCCUGGCAGUGGUGAUGCAUCAUACAAUGCAGUCUCUUUUAAGCCUGGGUUCCGACAAGAUGACAUCAAGCUCACGGUAUGGAAGAGGCUACACAGAAGGGUUUUACCUGCUCCGGAAAUCUUGAAGCUGGACCCCCUUACUGCACAUCCUUUUUUGGAGUUGUCUAAGGGAGACACCAUAGUGAAGUGUCGUUCUCUUGGUAGUCGUCGAAGCAGCAGUCCUGAAAGCUUUGACUGUAGUAGCUGUGUUCUUGCAAUACGUGGAUUCUCCACAGGCAAACAUUACUGGGAAGUAAUUGUUGGGACCAAACCAAAGUGGAGAAUUGGUGUUGUCAAGGGCACAGUUAGUCGUAAAGGUAAAAUGAUCCGCACACCAGAGGCAGGAGCAUGGUUACUUGGGCUGAAAGAGGGCCGAAUAUAUGAAGCAUUCACCACUCCAAGUGUUUGUUUGCCCAUUAACAACCGGCCCCAGCGAAUUGGUAUCUUUCUGGAUUAUGAAAAAGGGGAACUGAUAUUCUACAAUGCUGACAGUCGAGAUGAGCUUAUACCAUUAUAUACAUUUCAAACAGAGUUCCAAGGGAAGCUAUAUCCUGUCCUUGAUGUAUGUUGGCAAGAAAGGGGUUCCCAUCCCCAACCACUUAUAUUGCCCCAAGUUUAACACCUUUUUAAUUUAACUUACCUGAUCACAAUAACACACAACAUACCCUCAUAGCUACCUGACCCAUAGAUACCAAUAUUGUUAGUAGAGGUAAUGUAAGUCAACUGGACUGGCUGAGUAAUAUUGAAAAUGAUCCACUGCUCAUCCAAACAUCUUAUUCAGUUUCCUUGAAUUUAAAAAAAACUCUGUGAUAUACAUAAUUAGUAGAAGCCAAUUAGCUGAUCAGUUGGUUAAACUGCAAUAACUGGAAUAAAGUCAAUUGAAAAAAAGGGGGGAGCAAAUCAAGCAACUAAAUCACCCAAUAUCAAUUGUUCUGAUGAAGGUUACUCUAGUUACUCUACAUUGCAGCUUUGGUUGGCUAGUAGAUGCUGAUAGAAAUGAAACCCUCUCAAGGCUCAAUUUUGCAGACUGCAUGUGACCUUUUAAGUGAUAAUAUAUCAGACUGAGGUAUUAGUGUUCUGUGGCAACAACCACUAAAGGCUCUGCAAAAGAUUAAUGUGAAUAGUGUGAGGCAAACUUUGUGAAAAGAACAAAAAACAUAUAGAGAAAAAUGGGCCAAAAGUCAUCAAUAUUGUGUUCCAUAUAAGCACAGUCAUUUCCACAAAAAGGUAAAAGUGUGUAACAUAGUAACAUAGUAACAUGGUAAGUAAAGUUGAAAAAAGACACAUGUCCAUCGAGUUCAACCUUUUUUUGUUUUAUUAACUACCUA